UAUCUUGCAAGGCUGUCUGCUGAAAUGCUCUCCGACUAGUUAACUCGCCCCCACCUGCACAGUCGUCUUUUUGGAACUCCUCUGAGGAGAAACUCACCGCGACUUGCUGCUUUUUUUCACUCUGUCGCCUUUUCUGCUCUCUUUGUAAUUCAGUUUCAUCGUUUUUUUGUUUUUUUUUUGUUCCUUUCAGCUGAGAGAUCGUGCAGGAAAAAAACAGAGGGACUCGAGUGUUUCUCUUCUCUCGUUUGGUGCCAUUUGUGCAAAAGACUUUGCUGCAUUCAACGAGGUUACCGUGCACACAUUUGAUUUGCAGUUUUUUUUGGAGGGGGGGAAAUCUGUUGCAGCUCGACAGGAGGAGAGGGCACCGUGAGGGCUUUUAACCGAAAGAGAGAGAGCCAUGGCGACCGAAGUGGAGACGUGGUCCACCGCAGCUCCAGCCGACGGGAUGUUUUCUUUUGACGCCAACUUGGCAGAGGCUACCCGGCCCUACAGUGACGACGAAGACGCGCUGAACGACCCCGAGGUGAACGGAAACUGGACGCCCCAGGAGAAGGCCCUCCACGAGGCCCGCCUCAAAGCCAAAGCCAAGCGUCGCCUGCGCAAGUCCUCGUCCCGCAACUCCACCAGCGACUCCAUUUCCGAGUCGGGAGAUGUGGCAGGCGGCGACCCGCACAGUCCGAAAGGCAAAGUCAACACCAAUGACCGCAAAUCCAGGACAGGCAAAGGAAGAGGACUGCCCAAAAAAGGUGGGGCAGGUGGUAAAGGCGUUUGGGGAGCUGCAGGGAUGGUUUAUGAAGAUGAGGAACCUGACGCUCGGGACCCCAACUAUGAUGAAGCUGCCCAGGGGGACACGGUUUAUGCAACAGUUGUACCAGAAGUAGACGAGAAAGAGCUAGAAAAAAUGGUCAACCCUAUUGUACAGGAGUACUUCGAACAUGGAGACACAAAAGAGGUCGAGAUGUUGCUGAAGGGCUUAAACUUGGGUCCACAUAGGUACGAGUUCUCCUCUUUAGCCGUGUCCUUGUCCCUCGAAGGCAAGGCCAGCCACAGAGAGCUCACCUCUCGACUGCUGUCUGACCUGUCGGGGAAGCUGCUGUCACAAAGCGACAUGGCCCGCGCUUUCGACAAGAUGCUCAAAGAGCUUCCAGACCUCAUACUGGACACACCGGAGGCUCCACAGAUGUUAGGUCAGUUUAUAGCAAGAGCCAUAGCGGACCACGUCCUCCCCAUGUCUUUCCUGGACUGUUACAAGGGCAAAGUGGACUGUGACCAUGCCAGAGUGGCUUUAGACCGUGCUGCAGUGCUGCUGACCAUGAAGAGGGAGAUGGUCCGUCUAGACAAUGUGUGGGGUGUCGGUGGAGGUCUGAGACCCGUUAAACAUCUUAUCAAAGAGAUGAACCUUCUGCUCAAAGAGUACCUGAUAUCAGGAGACGUGUCGGAGGCGGAGCGCUGUCUGCGGGACCUGGAAGUCCCUCACUUCCACCACGAGCUGGUCUACGAGGCUGUAGUGAUGGUGCUGGAGUCGAAAGGGGACACCGCCAGUCAUAUGAUGAUAAAGCUUCUGCAGUCCUUCUGGAAAACAGGCCUCAUCACUGUGGAUCAGAUGAACAGGGGUUUUCAACGAGUCUACGAUGAACUCCCUGAAAUCAGCCUUGAUGUGCCACAUGCCCACUCCAUCAUGGAGACCUUUGUGGAUCUCUGCUACCAGGAGUCUGUCAUCACCAAACAGCUUAGGGAUGCCUGUCCAUCCAGAGGGCGGAAGCGUUUUGUAAGUGAAGGAGAUGGAGGGAUGAUCAAGAACUAAUCCACAAGAAGAAGAGCAGCAAGAGGAGGAGGAUACAGGGGUGUUUACUGGUUCUUACACCCUGUUUUCUGCUUCAGCGUGUUUCCCUUAAACUGGGCAUGCCUGCAGUCUACCGUUUCCUUGUUCCUCCCCUGAUCAUGUUGUCAUUACACAAACCAGCGUUGACGUUCGGUGAAAGUAAGCUGAACAGUGGCUCGGGCGUUCAGUUCCCUUCAUCUUGUUAAUCACUGUUUUUGACAAUUGUUUUUUUUUUUUUUUUUUUGGAAGAAUUUUCUGUAUUUCUGGGGUUGGUGCGACCCCUUCCUUUGCCUCAGUCUUUGUACCUGUUUGUCAAGAAUAACUCAAGUCAGAGCUGCAGAAAAACCGGACAGGCAGAAUUUUGUGGGAGAUGAUUUUGUUUUUUUUCUUUUCUUUUUUUUUUUUUUUUUGCUUUGUUUGACCUGUUGCCAUUUCUUUUCUUCUUUUUUUUUCAUGUAUUGUGCUAUAAAUGGAAGAAAGCACUUAAGGACAGACAGAGCAUACUGUACAGUCAGUGAGCACUUAGUAAUUUAGCUCAGCCACAAGGAUCUAAACCUUUUUAUCUUCUGCCACAAAUUAUUUGAAAUUAUUUCAAGGACAUCAUGCUUUGUACCUUCUGGUUCAAGUGGUUCUAUUGAUACUUUAUGAACAGUGCUUUUUGUUAUUUUUAUUUUUUUUUCUUUGAAUCUUGGUCUCCGAGGCCAGAUGUUUACUUUGUAAAGCAGCAGUCAAAGCAAGAGGUGUUUGGGCACGGUUUGGGUGUUUAUUUGAAACGUGCAUUGGGGCAAAUGUACUUUGGAAACAAUUUCUAAAAAAUAAUAAAUUGGGGUUCAUGUGUAUGCAAAAAAAAAAAAUAAAAAAUUAAAGUAAUAUUUUGAACACUGACUUUUCUCGCUGUUAACUCAUGUAUCUACAGCCUCAUGGCCAGCAAAUGAUUCUGGACGGGUAACCUUCAAACGCAAAACGAACCGUGCUGGAGAGAGCGUCUGAAAAUCUUUAACCUUGGAAUCUGACAAGGCCAAGUCAAGUUUUUCUUGGAAGAAAGUUUGUCACUGAGACUUUUCUGCCCUUGUCUAACAGUUUUACAUGUUGACCAAAGUUAAAAUGUUUCAUUCAUUAAAAAAAGGCAACAAAAUAAA